UUGAUGAUUAAUUUUCAAUAGUUUAUAGAAAUUGGCGAAUGUUAUUCAUCCAAAGAAGUUAUAAAAAUACUAGGAAAAUCUAUUUAAAAGAGGAAAGUACAAUCAUAAGUCAUUGUUGAGGAGUUAAUUAAAUACAAUAAUACAACAGGAGAAACAGAGUACAAAAGAUGGAAUAAGGGUUGGAUAUAGAAGGCAAAGGAAGUUUAAUAAAAUUAUAAUAACUAGAAACUUAGUAAUAAGAAAUAGUGA